UAUUCGUCUCCCCUCUCAUCCGACUCUGCAACUCGGAGUUUUGCUUCAUUUUUUUCUGUCUGAUCAUAAUCGAAGACAUGGAAGAAGCAGAUCAGUUAUGUUUAGCUGCUAAAUCCGGCGACUUGAAAAUGGUUGAAUCUUUAAUAAACUCCGGCGCCGACGUUACACAUUUUGACAACGACGGUCUUACGCCGUUAAUGCACGCCGCUAAAAUCGGAAACGCUGAGAUAGUAACGGCCUUACUCGAAUCCGGAGCUCCAUGGAACGCAUUGUCUCCAUCAAAUCUCUCAGCAGGAGAUUUCGCAAUGGAAGAAGGACACCAAGAAACCUUCGAUCUACUUCUCAAAACAGGAAUCCAAUCAGAGUUGAUCUUAGGAACAAUCGCAAGAAACCAAACCAAGAACGAAUACUCUAAUCAAGAUUAUCUUCAAGAUCGAGUUAGUUUCAGUGAAGACAAGUUAAUGGAUAGUGAAAGCAAAGGUGUGAUGAUGGCUUGGGAAAAACCAUUAAUGGAAGCUCACGCUAAAGCUAUUUGUAUCAAUGGUGGUCACAUUCUAAACGUUGGAUUCGGUAUGGGACUUGUCGAUACAGCGAUACAACGAUACAAUCCGGUUAAACAUACGAUCAUUGAAGCUCAUGCUGAAGUUUAUAAGCGUAUGAUAGAAUCUGGUUGGGGAGAGAAAGAGAAUGUGAAGAUUGUUUUUGGAAGAUGGCAAGAUGUUCUUGAUAAGCUUGAUGAUGAUUCGUUUGAUGGUAUCUUCUUUGAUACUUAUGGUGAGUAUUAUGAAGAUUUGAGAGAGUUUCAUCAACAUCUUCCGAGGUUGUUGAAGCCUGAUGGGGUUUAUUCGUAUUUUAAUGGGUUUUGUGGGAGCAAUGCGUUUUUUCAUGUUGUGUAUUGCAAUUUGGUGACUUUGGAGAUUGAGAAUUUAGGGUUUAGCACUCAGUUGAUUCCAUUGCCGGUUAAGGAUUGCCUUGGGGAUGAAGUUUGGGAAGGUGUCAAGCAAAAGUAUUGGCAGCUUGAUACUUAUUAUCUCCCUGUUUGUCAGUUUAGUGACUGAAGAAGUUUUAUGAAAUUCAGCAAUCUUGUGAUAUUGUAAUUUUUUUUGUUCUCAUAAAAAUUAGAGCUUUUU